UAAGGAAAAACGGACACAAUGGCAGAAAUUGUUAUAACAAAAAAAAACGUGUGGCAAUAUUACGAAAAAGUCUCGGAUUACAAAGCAAAAUGCAGGUUUUGUAGACAGAAAUAUACUUACCCCCAGACAAAUAUCCGUGGACAUAUAAGAAAAAAGCAUCCUUAUAUAGAAAAUACGAACAUAAGAGACGACAAGAAUGGCCAUGGAUAUGUUUCAAAUACAACGAUACUUCUACUUCACAAUGUCUUUUCUGUGGUGAGAAUAUUCAAUCCGAUUUUAAAUCUUUAAAAUCUCAUUUACACCAAAAACAUGUUAACAAAGUGAAGAAUUACGUACUUUACGAUUGGACAUGGAAGUAUUGUACAAGAACUGAUUUUAAAAUAAGAUGCAUUGAUUGUUCCAAAGAAUUCAGUGUUUAUUUAAAUAUGACAUUAAAGCAACAUAUAGUAACUAGACAUUCAGAAGAAUUAAGAAAUGCGCGAGAAAGACGUGACAUAGUUCUUUUGUCACAAUCAGUUAUAAAUUCAAAAAUUAUAGAAGUUAAUGAAAACAUGUGGGUACAUUAUAAUAAACUGCCUUUUUUUCGAGCAAAAUGCAAAUGGGAAAACUGCGCCUAUGAAUGUGAUUAUAUUAAUGAUGAUGCCUUGUUUUCUCACAUAUUAAACAACCAUGAAGCAUAUAAAUGGGAAAACGGAAAUCAAAUAUCAUGUAGAUAUUUGAAGUAUUGGUGUGAAUAUAUUUUCGAUAAAGAAAUACCACACUCAGAAUGUCUCAUGUGUGGUGAAUUUCUGACUGUUUCUGAAUGUAUAGCAACACAUAUCUCAAAGAAGCAUUCUGUGGAAGAAAAACGUAAUAUCAUAGAUGAUCAUUGGAUAAUGAAAUAUUUUAAACAAUGUGAUGACACUGAUGAAGUCAAGUGUACUAUUUGUUGCAAAAUAAUAACCAUUAAUAUUAAGCCUGAAGUGUCUAGUCAUACAAUGACAUGUCAUCCGGAAGAAUUGCAAUCAAUUAUUUCCAAAAAAGCCACGGAUAAACUGAGGGACAAUAAUUACACAUUAAAAGAUUUUAAAGCAAUGUGCCGAACUUGCGGCAUUAAAUGUUGUUAUAUCGAUACAACAAACUUUAAUAAACACGUAAAUGAAAAGCAUAUAAACAUAUACAAUUACGAAAAAGAACACGGACACUCGUAUCCAUGGAUGCAUUUUAUGUAUUUGGAUUCAUAUUCCUUAAAAUGUCGCUGUAAUAAAGUUAUUAAGUUUAAUGAUGAGUUUAAUGAUACGUUUAAUUAUGAAUUUUUAAGAAAGCAUUUGGACGACCAUUCUUCCGAGUACUUUUGUAACCCAUCAUUAUACGAGAGCUGGGAAUGGAAAUACUGUACACAAAGUAGUGAUUUCGAGGUGCAAUGUAAUAUUUGUCCCGAAAGUAGAAUAUUACUUGACAUUCUGUUAUGGAAUUGUGAUUGUCACAUUGUAGCUACACAUCCGAACAGCAUGACAACUACACAGAGAACGCAUGACGCAGCUGGACCAUCAGAAAGCCAACCAAACUGAAGAAAACAGGUUUAUCCAGAGUUUGACAACCGAAUGAUGAUAACGACUCAGUAGCAUAACGUUCAAGUAGCAUCACAACCAACGUUAACGACAAUUUUAAUUUUAACGAUUCAAAUGAUUUGGAGAACCUACAUGAGAAAAAUGGCAUGUCAUUUUACGUAUAAUCAUUCCUGACGUAUAAUUCGUUUUACGUUUAUAAAUUAUAAAUAUAUUUAUAAAUCAAUGUGUCACAUUGAUAAUACAAAGAUACAUUUUUGAAAUUUUUUUUAAAUGCGCUAAUAAUUGCGCAUCUUGUUUAUGUACUAUGUUUUUAAUUUAUAAACUAUGCUUAUAAGUUUAUAAAGUAAGACGAUUUUAUGAAUUAAUCAUCGACUUUACUGUAACCA